GCUGUGGGAGGGGAAACUCUGAGCAGCCGGCUGACAUGAAGGUAAGGUCGGACUGUUAGCAGGCCUGAAGUCCGCAUCUGUCGUCCGGCCGGUGCUCGUCAUGGACUUCGUGCUGAGCGGAGUGGCGGCCUGCGGGGCCUGUCUGUUCACCAACCCGCUGGAGGUGGUCAAGACGCGGAUGCAGCUGCAGGGAGAGCUGAAGAGCCGCGGCACCUACCAGGUCUACUACCGCAACGUGUUCCACGCUUUCUACACCAUCGGCAAAGUGGACGGGCUGGCCGGCUUGCAGAAAGGACUGGUGCCCGGACUCUUCUACCAGUUCUUCAUGAAUGGAGUCCGGCUCGGCUCGUACGCCAUCAUCGAUUCCUCCGGUUACAUCCACACCAACGGCAGGGUCAGCGCGGUCAAGACCAUCGUAGCCGGAGCGGUGGCCGGAGUGGUGGGAGCCGUGAUGGGCAGCCCCAUAUACCUGGUGAAGACUCAUCUGCAGAGUCAGUCUACCUCCUCUAUCGCAGUUGGCCAUCAGUACAAACACCAGGGGAUGAUCCACGCUCUGGCGGCCAUCUACAGGGAGCACGGCAUUCUGGGACUGUGGAGGGGCUCCAGUGCUGCUGUACCGAGGGUCAGCGUGGGGUCGGCCGCUCAGCUCAGCACCUUCUCCUCCUCCAAGGAGCUUGUCAUUGACCUGCAGGUGUUUCCAAAGGACAGCUGGCUGGUGGCCCUGAGUGCCGGCAUGAUCAGCAGUGUGGUGGUGGUGCUGGCUAUGACGCCGUUUGACGUGGUGAGCACACGGCUCUACAACCAGCCUGUGGAUCAUUUGGGCAAGGGGCAGCUUUAUACAGGAUUCACUGACUGCUUUUCCAAGACACUGAAGAAGGAGGGCUUGACGGGACUCUACAAAGGCUUGGGAGCCUCUUAUUUCCGACUCGGCCCUCACACCAUUCUGUCUCUGUUCUUCUGGGAUGAACUGCGCAAAUUUUACAAGCAGUUCAGAUAACACCAGGGACGAGGAAAAUGGGUAACUCAUUAAGUUCUGAGUGCAUAGGUUAAAUGAAUCCUCAUUUAAUGAGUUUAUGAUUAUGAGGUGAAAGGAAAAAACAGGAGAUGCUCUGCUUUCUUAAUGGCAAAGAGCAAAGGUGACGUUUUACACUCCAAUGAGGAAACGCAUUGUAGGCAAAAGGUGUCAGGAAGGAAGGCGAAAAGUCAAAACUGCAUUCAGGAGCUCAAUAAUGACAAACCUCAUAGAUGCACUUGGAUUUGUCUUGGCGACAGAUGUGCACAGAUAUAACCGUACAGGAGGCCGCGUGUCCUCCAGAGAAAGUACAUCAAACAUUAUCACUCUUUUAUAGCUCUUAAACUCUUUAACUACGUCAUUCCAAAACAUAAGAUAGAAACAAAGAACCUGCUUUCAGGAGAAAGCAUCCAAUGAGGCCUUCAGACUGAGAAAAUGAGCAGUGCCACUUAACUACAGCCACAUCGUUAUGGUUCAGUCUUAUUAAACGCCUGUGCAGAAGCCGAGCUGAAGAAAAUGUGACGGUUAGAAAAAUGUCCUGCAAAGACCUCGCAUUGGCAGGAGGUGACUCGGACUGUAAUAUAGCGACAGAAGCUAUAAGGCCUGGAGGCCAAUUUGCCUUCAAGGUAACAAGUCUUGUACGAGUCAAACCUGCUGAGUCACCAGUGAGUCAUUCAGCCAGAAGCUGUCCAAAAUGCUGGAACUUUAAGGUGAAGUGGAGAUCUGAAAGUUUCUAGAGAUGCCAAUAGGUUAGACUGAAGUUUGAGUAGCUUGAAUAACUCAAAUAAAGCUAAAUCUAAUGGCAGUGUAAAGAAUAAGAUAAUCUGAAUAGAAAAGGGAUGACUUUAAAGGGAUUAAGGGCAGCUCUUGGCCAAGGAAUGACAUCUGUAGUAGACUAUAAAUGCUUCAGAGUUUCCUCUUUAGUUUUCACAGCAGAAGAAGAAAAAUCAGUCUGGAUCUAAUAUGCAAACAAAGCAUAUCGUUUUCCCAAUGAAACUACCAGAACAGGAUGUGAAAGCCGAUGUUGCACAGGAUGUCUGCUACAGUCACUGUCGGGAUGUAUGAAGGAGGUUACAUGUUUUACAUAGGAAUACAGUGUGCACCAUUGUUGUUUUAGUUACUGAUGACAUGAUGCAGCAUAAAUAUGAAUCUGGUGUUCUGUGAAGGCAAAAAUGAGAAUAUGAAUGCCAUUUAAACAAGGGAGUGGAGUGCCUGCACCUCCCUUACAUGAAUGCGUUUUAUUCUUCAGCUGCCUUCAAUAUAAUUCUUAGUAAAUACUGUGGAUUUGGAUCAUUCUGACCAGAGACCAGUGUACUGAUUCAGACCAUGUUAAGGGUCAUAUUUGUUUAUUAGAGACUGAAACAUAAACCUACAGUUGUAAAUGACUGGACUGAUGCCAGACUACAGCCGAAUUAGGCUGUACACAGUAAAACCCAAACAGUACUAAUUAAAGUAAAAGUAAAUGAGGAAAGACUCCUUACCAUCUGUCAUAAAACAGUUUUCUUCAGUGACUCUUCACGAAUGCAUAUCAAGUAGUCGAACCAGAAAUGCUCAGAGGUUAGUCGCACAUUUAUAGAUAUGUUUUAAAGUGCAAGAGGUACUUUUACUAUUAGACAUAUUUUACAGAACUUUACGUAUUAGUGCAGAACCAUCACUUUUCCUUUAUAUAUUACUAAUGAACAAUUAAAACUGAACAAAUAGAUGAGUUAACUUAUAGUUCAUGCAUCGUUGUCUUUUUGUUACAUGUAUUUAUUCUAUUUAUUUGGGUCCAAACCUGUUAUCUCUUUCAAUUCAGAGACACACUGUUAAACCUUUACGCGUGCUCACAGAGGGUUUGUCAGUGAAGCUGGACAUGCUUUUUUGAGUGUUUUCGAAAUGUUCAAAUUGACUUAUUCAUUUCUGAUGGCAAAUCCAAAUUAUUCUAUCAGUAUUGCGGCAUUUAGCACCUUUCAAAAUUGAAAAAAAAAAAAUCAUUCUGCUAGAAUCAUUCUAAUAUGAAAAGCUUGUUACUGAAUGAUACUGUCGACCAAAAUGAUCCACAUGCAAUGAAGACACACUACAUUUCAAAUACGUACAUAUCAGCAAUUUUAAUUUUAUUCAGUUAUGAUGUCAGUCUUUUGUUACUUGUUGCCAAUAAAUAUCAAAAUGAGUAGUUUUAAAAAUCCAUCGCAGCCAGAGUGACAACUUUUUGCAGUUUAUUUAUUCCAACUGACACACUCCUGCCUAUUAAUGAUAAUAUUUCAGUGUUUGAAAAACUUUAAGACAGUGGAGUUUUCUUGAAUGUUAAAGAAGGAUGUUAAUUUACUGAUCAUUGUGUGAAGCCUUUGCAGUUUAGUCCAACAGUCAGAUUACCAUCAAAUGGUCGCUGUUUUGGACGCUAAAGUAACACAAACUGUUCUCUAACCUGUGAGCCAGAUUUGGUGCUUUCUUCUAAAAGUGUAUUAUUAUUAUUAUCAAAGAGUCAGGAAUUUAAUAAAACAGUAUCAGUUAUCGGUCAACAUCUUUUAGUGUGACAGCGCAACGUGUUUGUCGUAAAUGCACUGUAGCUAUGAGAACACGCUUUUGUCUGUUAAACUUCCAUCACAGACAGCAGGAGAGUAAUGUUACUUGAGUUUAUUUUAUAUAAUGAAGUGGAGGUUUUAUUCUUUUAGGAACAACAGGUCCACAGAGAGGGUUGCCAUUUUUCUACUUUUGAAGUAACUUUGUUUUAUUUUGCUCAUUUGUACUAUGAAGGCUGUAUGCGGUUCCUCUUGCCUUUUUCUUCUGUAAACGAACAUAUUUUUCAUUUUGUCGGUGAAAUGAAUCCAAGUGGCCAAGGUCACUGUGCUUAACUCCAGUAGCUGCUGUACUGUAUGUUUCAGUUAUAAUUAUGAGGUAUAAUAAUUAGGGAUGCACGAUGAUAACAGCUCAUCGUCGGUAUCAACUGAUCAGCACAGAAUGAAGGAUGAGAAUAUUUCAUGUAAACAAAUAUAGCCUGUUUUAUGUUUUCUUAUUUUGCCCAGUGAAUGCAUUUCAUAAGCAUUCUAUUUCAUGUCUGCACCUGCCAGUGGACCAUCAGAACAAUGUGAAAAAGGCCGAUAUUGACGUUUUUAUGUGCUUAUUCCACUUUUAGAGAGAUCUGAUGUUGUGUGCGAAUAGACUGAAAAACUAUGUGCAUAUAUCGGUAUCUGCUAUCAGCCGAAAUGAGUUCCAAAUAUCAGCAAGAACCCGGUCUUGUGCCUCCCUAAUUAGAGUCAGUAUCAGUGUUCUGUGAAGCCUUUAGAGUUUAGUCCAACAGUCGGAUUACCAUCAAAUGCUCGCUGUUUUAGACGCUAAAGUAACACAAACUGUUCUCUAACCUGUGAGCCAGAUUUGGCGCUUUCUUCUUAAAGAAAGCACCAAAGAGUCAGGAAUUUAAUAAAACAGUAUCAGUUAUCGGUCAACAUCUUCCUCAGACCACACUAUGAGACUAUGAAAUAUCGCCUUUUAAAUAAUAGUUGAAGCACAUCUGACCACAAAUGUCAGACUUCGUGCCAAACCUGUGCCAUCAACCGUCAACAAGUCCUCCACCUUCCGCUACUUUAGCCACGCCAUUGAAAUAAAUUACAGAGAGAGGUUAGCAAAUGGUGUCAAACAUGUCUAAAAAAAUCAAUUGUCAUAUUAAUAUUAAUGAUUUCUUUGUAAAGAUCAAACCUCUGUGCAGCUCUAAGAGGUGAGAAGAGUUUAUGAAUGUCAGCUACAUUUCAUGAAUGUGUUACAUCCUGUCAUGAGAGGUCAUUAUUUAUGUGCACUGGACAAAGAGAGCCAAUAAAUGAUCAAAUUAUGUCUUUAUUGCCAGA